AUGCCCGAUAAGAGCGCCGCAUCGACCCGGCGCGGCCCGGCCCGGCCGGGCUUUGUUUCAGGGUGGAGGGCCCUCCGCCCCCGCAGGCGAGGCCGGCGGCUAAUAUCGCGGAGCACGCACUCGCCCGCACGCAUGCUCACGCAGGGCACUGGGCGUGGCGCCGGCGGUGGCGCCUUUAUUACGGUAAUUACCGCCGGCCUUGUUUAUGGAGCGCGGCCAGGAAUCCCUUUCAGAGAAGCCCGCAGCGACGCCUUUACGACCGGUGCAGCGGCGUCGGUUUUAAGAGCACGGCCGGCGGACACGCCGCCGGAGGAUAAACGCCGCCUUCAGCGCGUCACGCAGUCGCAAAGUGGUCGGGAAGGCGCGGGCGCGAAGAGACGGCGCGCUAUCGCCGCGUGCGUGCGGCCGAAGCGCCCGGCGCCCGACCGCCCCGUCAACAAGCGCCUGGAGCUCGCGCAAAAUAACGCCGCACCGCCCGAGACACGCACUCUCGUCGAACAGCGUUAUUUCGCAGUGCUGGUGCCACAGCUGCGGCCAGUCAGCGGUGGCAGAGGGGAUGGAUGUACGGACGGACGGACGGACGGACGGACUGCCCAGAUGGUAUCUGCAGGGCGCUGCCGGCCAUGGCAACCCGUGACGGCGCGUGCGCGGGACGCCUUUAUUGGCUCGCAGCUGCUUACGCGCCAGAUUGCCGGGAUAAGCCUCCAGAAAACGCGGCGGGCCUCUCGCGGCGGGGAUUUAUUUGCGUGCAGCCCCUCAUGUGUGGAUGUGAAGAAGGCGCCACUAACGAGCGGCACGGCCCGCAACGACCGGCGGCGGGAACGGCCAACGCACGAACUGCUCCUACUCACACACCGCCAGCGGCCGCCGCGCGCGGCGCUGCCGUCUCUUGACAUCUGCAUACCCCCUUUAGUGACCAGUGGGAACUAUAGUUCCCACUUAUUUGUUUUCGCUUCCGAACUGACGGCAGCGGGGAGCGGGCCCGCAGCUGCGCACGGCUUUAUCGCCACUUGGCACCGGGCGCCCGCCGCCUCACCUGUUGAUUCGGGGUCGCUGGCGGGGUGCCGCGCCUUUAUCGCGCAUCUCGUCCCAAAUGACGUCCCACUUGCUGAGCGGCGUGGCCCGCUAACGCUCGCCCGCAUUCAAUAUCGCCGGCACGAACUCAGAUUGUUUGCUCAGAUAGCCGUGCGGCAGCUCGCUAUUGCUUUACAGCGCGGCGCUUGGCCAACCGUUCUCUUCCAGGACCGCUUGUGCCACCGCGCCUUCCUGGCAACUUCGAGUCGUACUUCGCUCAAGUACAGUCGCACACGACGUACCGUGGAUGGCCGCAUAAGUGUUUCACAGAUCAGGUCACGAGUUGCUCAGCAAGCGCCGCAGCUGGCGGCAGAAGAGAAGACGACAGCGAAACAGAUGGGCAGACACGGGAGGGCCAAGGCCUGCCGACCAGAGUCCGGGAGGCGGCUGGGCCACGUCCCGGCCCCAGAGGCGGCCAUCGCGCUUUCCGGGCACGGACGUCCCCUCGAGGACGCGUCCUCGUCCCCGGCGACGCUCCGGGCUACGGCGCCCGCCUACGCUCUACCAGAGACACGGCCGCAGCUGCGUCGCGACGCUCACCGAUGCCGCCUCUGUCGCGACUGUGAGGAGCCGCUGUCUGGCGGCGACAUGGCGGUGUUCGCGUCGCGCGCCGGGCCCGCCGCGUGCUGGCACCCCGCCUGCUUCACCUGCUGCGUCUGCCGCGAGCUGCUGGUCGACCUCAUCUACUUCUGGAAGGACGGCCGCCUCUACUGCGGCCGACACCACGCCGAGACGCUCAAGCCGCGCUGCUCCGCCUGCGACGAGAUCAUCCUGGCGGACGAGUGCACGGAGGCGGAGGGCCGGGCGUGGCACAUGAAGCACUUCGCGUGCUUCGAGUGCGACCGCCAGCUGGGAGGGCAGCGGUACAUCAUGCGCGACGGCCGCCCCUACUGCCUGCACUGCUUCGACGCCAUGUUCGCCGAGUACUGCGACUCGUGCGGGGAGCCCAUCGGCGUCGACCAAGGCCAGAUGAGCCACGAGGGCCAGCACUGGCACGCCACGGAGCUGUGCUUCUGCUGCCACACGUGCCGCGCCUCGCUGCUGGGCCGGCCCUUCCUGCCGCGCCGCGGCGCCAUCUACUGCAGCAUCGCGUGCAGCAAGGGCGAGCCGCCCACGCCGUCCGACAGCUCGGCGGGACCGGCGGGGGGCGGCGGCCCGCGGCGGCGCGCGCCCUCCGAGUCGAGCGCCAGCGCCAGCCUGACCUCGGCGCAGUCGCCGCCGCCGUCGCAGCUGACGCCGCCGCCGCAGCUGUCUCCGCGGCGGCUGUCCCCGUCGAGGGCGGCGCCGUGCCAGUCGCCCACGGCCAGCCACCACUCCUCGCAGUCGCAGUCCCCGACGCCCAGCCUGCAGGCGUCGCCACUGCGCAGCCCGCCGCCCACGCGCUCGCCCAAGAUGGGGCGGCGCGCGCUGCAGCGGGACCGCGCGGGCGCCGCCUCCGCCUGCAAGGCGCUGCCCCCGACGCCGCCUCCGCCCCCGCCACCCGCGCCCGACCCGCCGCCUCCGCUACCAGCCAGCGAGCCGCCGCAGUACAACAUACAGCCCUCGCCGUCGCCAGCUGGGAAGGGGCUGGACCGUGUGUUACUGGAGCGUAACCUCGAACGGCUGCUUUCGGAGCACGGUGGUGGAUCCUCGGGGCCUGGCAGCAUGACAGCAGGUCCAAUGGAUGCACAGCCCGCUGGCUGCAACCCCGAUCUGGAGAGGUUGUUGCACGCACGUGACCGUAGCCGUGAGCCACUGCACUUGGCCGAACUCAGCCUCAGCCUGGACGCGUGGAAGCCACCACCGCCCCCAGCACCGCCUCCUCCACCCCUGCCCACACCUGCACCGCAGCAGAGCUCACCCGUGCCAACCACCCCACUCCCCGAGGCUACGCCUGACAUUCUGCCACGUAGGCCCACACCACCCCCACCUCACCAUCACCACUUCCCAUUACCCCAGCAGCAGCAGCAGCAGCAGCAGCAAUCACCACUACCACAGCAACCGGCUUCACCCUCACGGCGGCAGGGCAAGGCAAGCAAGGGUCAGCUAAGCGUGCGUUUCCAGGGUGACAGGCACGACGAUAUCGAUCGCGACAUUGACGAUGCAGAAGAGGGCGCUGCUGCAGUUUCCAGCGUGUCGGCGUCGGCAACACUGUCGUCGUCCCCGAGCCGGCACCGGACGACGUUCCCACGCAGCAGGAGCUACUCGGGCAGGUCGCGCUACCGUGACCGGGACCGUGACUACAGCUACGGCUACGAUGACUCACGGAGGGCGCGCGGGCCGCGCAAGACCAACUCUGAGAGCCACGUGCCCAGUGGCAGCGCUGCGCGCUUCCCACUUCCACCGUCGUCGUCAGCAGACCGUGACGAUGCAGACAGUUACUGCUCCACCUGCUCCUCUAGCUCCAGCAGUGACGAAUACGCCUACGAGCUGCCACCGAGGCGCGCCUACGGUGGUGUCCGCAUCUCAUACGUGCCCAAUGAUGCACUGGCGUGCGCCCGCCGUCAGCAGCAAGCUGCGUCUGCAGCCCCCAAGUCACCUACAAAGAAGAGUGGUGCCGCUGAUGACAAGGACAAGAACUGCACCAUCUCCUGAUCCCGGUGUCCUCCACCGCCUGUGGAAUCCCAGCGGCGCUGAUCGUACCUGGCAGCGAGUACAGUUCCUGGUUCUAUGGCUGCUCCUCUGACACUGUACGGAUGGUGGCUCUUCUAUUAGAGAGCUGUGAAGACUGUGUGAAAUGUUUUGAAGUGUGACAUGUACUCGCAGACAGAAUAAGAACUACGCAAACUGUAAUAGCUCCUCUUUGUUAUGGCCCAAUAAUUCUAUAGUUUGCCCUCAUUGUUUUACUCUCACCCACAUGAUCUCCAAGCAAGGAAGUAAUUCAAAUUCAGUGAUAAGGCAGCUAGAAAUAUGAUUUGUGAUGCUGAUAUUUACUAUAAAUCUAAUUUUCCUAGAAUGAACCUCUCACUUGGCUUUGGGUGAACCGCUGAAGUGAAGCUUAAUGAGAAAAAAAUUUGUGUCACACUGCUAAUUGAGCCUCGAAAAAAAAUAUGCUGUGAUGUGAUCCAUGAGACAUGAAAUUUAGAUGAUACAAAAAAAAAAAA